AUGUUUUCCAAGACUUAUUUAACGCUUCUGCCCCUCGUUUCAUUAUUACAAACCCAUGCGGCACCUCUGCCAGUCCCUAUUUUAGGUAUGGAUAGUUUACCAGCUUUAGAUGGUAUUUUGACUCCUCUAUCACAUCACGGUGACAUUCUUCCGCUCUCGCCUAACUCCGACUCAAACCCAACUUCAAAGUUACCAAUUUCAGAUGCGAUUCCAGUAAUCUCGAAUGGGGAAGACGGAUUGAUUGGAAGUCUACUCGAUACAAUUGAAGAUAUAACCGGACCGCUCAACAUCACCUUGGGAACCAAUAUCGGAGUCUUAGGGAUCAAUGCUAGUGUGGGACUGAAUAUCGAUUUGAGUGACGAAGAAGAAUUGAUCUGUGGUCCAGUCAUUGGUUCUUGGUCAAAUCAACAAUACGACAUUCCAUGUGCCUGUUGGAGUCAAAGUAAAGGUAUCGUCAUUGACGCUCAAUUGGGUAUCGAUCUUGGUUUAGGCGAAGUCGAAGGUUUAGAAACUUUUAUUCAAGCUCAAAUCCAAUUUGGUGGUAAACAGUUCAGUUAUCCAGCUUACUCGAUGCCUACUUGUGAUGGUGAUGGUGGAUUCAAUUGUCCAGGUGGAUAUGCACCUAAUGGAAAGUGCACAAAAUUCUUAGCUGCUAAGCCACAUCCCCGAAUCCUUCUGCAGUCUACUCCGACACCUACGUCUACAGAUGGAGGCGUUGUACCUACUGCCACUGAUCUCAUAAUCAAUGAUGCCCCACCUACGACCUUAAGCGCUCAACCUACUGAUUCACCUACUGUCGCUGAAAUCACCACACAGCCCGAAACUACACAAGCACAAAGUAUCACUGUAGCUUCUCCAGAUGGGACCUUCCAGCCCUCUUCUCCACAGAUCAAAGCUCAGGAAUUCGAUGAACCGGUCUCAGCGGAUAAUGUCGUUUUAACCACUAGUACAAGCACCAGUACUAUCGUUCUUCCUGCUACCGUGUUUGUCGAAAUGAUCACUACUACUCAACCCACAACUAUCUGGGCUACUCAAACUCAAACUCAAACUCAAACUCAAACUCAAACUCAAACUCAAACUCAAACUCAAACGCAGACGGUCACAACUACUUCUACUGCUGUAUCCACUACAAUCCAAACCCAAUGGGCUACUCAAACUAUGACCGCUACGUUUACCAAUUGCGAUAAAGACGAAGACAUUAAUGCUGAAUCCGCACCCCAACAAGUGCAAAAUGCAGGAUAUGCUCCUUCUUCCUCCGGCCGGUCGACCGUUUCUCCCACAACCGUCCCUACUUCCACAACUUCUCCUACUAGCACAGUGGCAACUUCCACAAGUGACUUAGGAGAUGUAAUUGCUUCUUCCACGAGUCAAAAUGCUCAAGCUUCGCCAACCCCAUCAACAGACGAUUCUGCUCCUCCUGCAUCUUCUGGGAAUUCAAACCCUUCUGGCGAUUCAGAUGACACUUUCGCACCUCAAGGGGUGAUCAGGCUCGCUCAUCCCCAAUCACACGUUAAAGGCGAUCAAGCGUGUCCACAAGGAGAGGAAUUCAAAACUUCGAUGUGUUGCAGAGUAGACCAAGUGGAAGUGGCCGGUGAAUGUAAAUGCUCUCAAGGACUCGAAAACGUACUCAGUCUGAAUCUCUGUCUUUCAGUUUGUUUAGCCGGAAGACUGCCUAAUGGACAAUGUUCAGAUUUAGGUUUAGGUUUAGAUUUAGAUCUUGGUUUGGGAGAUCUGAUUUGA